AUGUCGUGCCCAUCAUCGCAUAUACAAGUAACACCAAUAGAAACAAUCGCAAACCAGUCACAACUGCCACCUAUUAUACAAGGAGCCCCUUCUAGAUUACAUGGAAAUCUAGAACUCAAUGAAUCGUAUGUGCAGAGCACUCAUCCACUGUCUGAUUUAAACCAAAAUCAGCAUAUGCCAUCAAUUGUGCUAUCCAGCCACACCAACAAUCAAGAAUCAACACAAUUAUCUGGCUGGAAUCAUCACUACAACCAUCCUCAAGACAGCUACCCAGCCAUGGCUCAUCACUAUCAUCAACCACAAGGACAGCCAAAGACUGACCUACGUCGUCAUUCCUCCGAGUCUAUGCAUUCAUACCAUUCUACAAUGCGUGAAGAAUCCGCUCAACCGCCCAGUAGUAAUCUACACUCUCUGCCAACUCACUGCCCUCCAAAUCUGAGGCCUUUGUCACCUACAUUGCAGUCUAGCCAAUACCACUCAUCUCACUAUAAUCAUCUGCCAUCUGAUACGACUCAAUGGUCCAAAACAAACGCACAUAACUAUAGUCCCUCUCGUUUACAUUCAUCUUCAUUCUCUGGCGUUCCUACUGUAACCGUAGCUAGUCCUCCUGCCGACAAUGAUAUAAACAUAUCAUCUCUGGACUGUAGUCCAUUUUCCGCUCAACAAAACAUCAAGUCUUCGACAUCUGAUCCUGUCACUCCACUCACACACACUGAAACUUUUUCAGAAGAGCGAGAAUUACACCAAGCUCCAGUGUUGGGAUUGUCGUUGGCUUCUUUAUCUGCUGCGGCUGCUGUCCAGGCUCCAGUUAUCACAACCAAACGACCCAGUUGA